AGGUGAGAAAAGCAUAAAGCCCGCGUUUAAUCUCCAAAGAAACUUGUCAGCUCCCCUACACUGUAUAAGCAUUCCUCUUUUGCUUUGUGAGCCCCCCUCUUUCUCUCUCUCACACACACACAGACAUAGCUUCGGAAGCUCUGCAUCGGAAGCUGCCCAUGUUGGCGUGCUUUCCGGACCACCGAAGAAUGUGCAGAGCUCCUGCUAUUGAGUACCUCUUUCUUUCCCUCUUCUUCUCUGUCCUUUUCUCCACUUCCACUGCUUGCUCGAAUGGGAAUUGCCAGGUUCUGGAAGCUUGUUCAGCUGCCACAGACUGUGGGGCUGGCCUCUACUGUGGCAACUGCCCUGCUCUGGGCAAGACUCAGCCUUUCUGCACCAGAGGCCAAGCCACCAUUCCCACCUCAAUUGUUAACGGGCUUCCCUUCAAUAAGUAUUCAUGGGUGGUGACUCACAAUUCGUUUAGUAUUGUUGAUGCACCGCCUUUGCCGGGUGUUCAGAGAUUGACAUUUUACAAUCAAGAAGACACUGUGACUAAUCAGCUGAGAAACGGAGUGAGGGGAUUGAUGUUGGAUAUGUACGAUUUCAAUAACGAUAUCUGGCUCUGCCACUCAUUUCGAGGGCAAUGUUUCAACUUCACUGCAUUUCAACCUGCAAUUAACACUUUGAAGGAAGUGGAAGCAUUCUUGAGUGAAAACCCAACAGAGAUUGUGACCAUUAUUAUUGAGGACUAUGUGCAAGCUCCCAAAGGGUUGACAAAUCUGUUCACCAAUGCUGGGUUGGGCAAGUAUUGGUUUCCCGUGUCCAAGAUGCCCAAAAAGGGUGAAGAUUGGCCCACUGUGACUGAGAUGGUGCAAGACAAUCACCGGCUCCUAGUUUUUACUUCUGCCACUUCAAAGGAAGCUGAUGAAGGAAUUGCUUAUCAGUGGAAGUACAUGGUGGAAAAUGAAGGUGAGCUUUAUAAGAAUGUAAAUAUUGUUAUGACUUGGUAUUGUAUCCACAAUGUCCAAAAUGGUCUAAUAAUGGAUUUGGUUUCAGCUGGAGAUCCUGGGGUGGUAAGAGGUUCAUGUCCUAAGAGAAAAGAGUCAAAGCCGCUGAAUUCAAGAAGUGCAUCUCUGUUCUUUCAGAAUUACUUCCCAACAAUUCCAGUUCAGUCUGAAGCUUGCAAGGAGCAUUCAACUCCACUGGCUGAGAUGGUCGGUACCUGUUACAAAGCAGCAGGGAACUCGAUGCCUAACUUCUUGGCUGUCAACUUUUACAUGAGGAGUGAUGGAGGAGGUGUGUUUGAUGCUACCGAUAGAAUCAAUGGACAGACAUUAUGUGGUUGUAGUACUGUUACUGCCUGCCAGGCUGGAGCACCUUUUGGGUCAUGCAAGAAUGUAACUGUUCCUAAUCCAAGCCCAUUAACCAAUACUGCAGGAAGCUUUACUGGAUCUGUUCAGUUCUCAAGAUCUGCUUCAACAGCCCAUUCUCCAAGUUGCUUCAUUCUUUUCUUGUUUUAUUUGCCAUUAAUGGCAGUUUUCUUCUGAUUACCACGGCUCAUUAUAGGACUAGGCAUGAGCUACUUCUUGAUGAGAGGCUAGUGUGUUAGCACUUUUAACUUAUAGUCAAAAUAGGUAUACUGCAUCCCUUGCUUAUUCAGUUGAGGGUCAAGAAAUGCUUGUUGGUGUUACGAAAUCUCAUUGUAAAGGAAGAACAUGUCAGAUUCUUGUAUUGAGACGAAGAGGUAGGGGUUUGGACUGGAAGAAAACAAAGAUAGUGGCCUAGAGGGAACCACUGUGUACCAAGAAGUGGUUCAGGUACACAUUUUCCCUUAACACGAUAUGUGUUAGAUACCAAGAUUUUAUCA